AUAUCCACUAAAAGAGAGCUCAUGUUUCUUUAUAGAUAAUCUUUUUUUAAAUUUUACACUCAAAAGACUGAAGAAAAAAUGAUAUUUCUAAUUUCAGUAAUCUAUAAGUUGCUCAAAUAGUUCCUGAGACUUACUAUGCUCUUUUCGUUUAUUUCUUCACGACAUUAAUGUUUUUAAAGGUGAGAGAGAGUUUAACAACUUCUUUAAAAUAAAAAACAUAUAUAUUUGAAAUUAAUUUGUAAUAUUUGCUUGAAUUUCCCAACCAAAUUAUUAUUUGCAUUUUGUUUUAUAAUUACACCCUCCUCUCCAAAUUUGGCGUCAGAACCAGGUUCUUCAAUUUAUCAAGUUACCAACUAACAGGCAAGAUUGAUACCGGACUGUUAGAAUCAGGAAAUCGAGAUGGCAGGCUCGACUGGCGGAGGUAGCUCUUCUAAUCCAUCACCAGCUCCUCCGCCUCCAAAGAUCCUGCUAGCGAAACCCUCCUCCGGUCCCCUUCCUGGUAAAUUCGCUCGUGGCGCUGGAGAAGAUGAAAAUGUGCCGCAUCGCUCGCGUCUUCCUCCAGUUGGUUCUCUCAAUCUCCUUUCCGAUUCUUGGGAUUUCCACAUCGAUCGCUUUCUUCCUUUUCUGACCGAGAAUACUGAUUUCACCGUUGUUGGGAUAAUUGGUCCGCCUGGAGUGGGCAAGUCGACCAUUAUGAACGAGAUUUAUGGCUUUGAUGGUACUUCUCCUGGGAUGUUACCACCCUUUGCAAUCCAGUCAGAAGAGAUCAGAGUGUCGGCAAGGCAUUGUACGGUUGGCAUUGAACCAAGGAUUUCUGCUGAAAGGUUUAUCCUUCUUGAUACCCAGCCAGUUUUUAGUCCUUCUGUUUUAGCUGAGAUUAUGAGACCUGAUGGAUCAUCCAUGAUUCCAGUUUUGAGUGGUGAAUCUUUGUCUGCAGAGUUGGCUCAUGAACUUAUGGGUAUCCAGCUUGGCGUUCUACUAUCAUCUAUUUGUCACAUUCUGCUGGUGGUAUCUGAAGGAGUUCAUGAUAAUAACAUGUGGCGUUUGUUGUUGACGGUAGACUUACUGAAACAUAGCAUACCUGAUCCAUCUUCACCAAUGCUGUCUCAUCCCCAAAGCUCUAGUUUGGGGCCUGAAAAAGAAAGUAGAGAUAAAUUACAUGUGGGUGCAGAAUACAUGGCCACUCCUAUUUUUGUGCAUACAAAGCUUCAUGAUCAACAUCUCAUUCCACAUAAUGUUGUGCAUUUGAGAAAAGCACUUGCACAUUAUUUUAGCUCCUCUUCAUUUAUGAGAGAGAAACACAGAAACAUUGCAAAAUGCAUUACCGAUGAUAAUGUUGACCCAACCCUGUUGAGUUCAUUUAUUCCUUUGAAGAACAGAGAUGACUCUCCGAAAGCUCAAUAUGAAAGUUAUAUUUCUACUCUAUGGAAAUUACGUGAUCAGGUUUUGUCCAUGGCGUGCCCUUCUUUUUCAAGGACUCUUUCUGAACGGGAGUGGCUCAAAAAUUCUGCCAAGAUAUGGGAAUUGUGAAGAGUUCUCCAAUCAUUCAGAGUAUAGUAAAAUGCUCCAAACUUCUGGCAUAUUAGGCGGUAGCCGGCUUGUGCCAUAGGAUAUACUGUUGGUUCUGAUAGUGUUGCUGCCUAGCUUGCUUGCUCCUUGGGUCUAAAGAUGUAAUGCAGGAGCAUUAUUAGCAUUUAAUUUUAUUUUUUUUAGUAGUUAAACCUGAUUAGGAAAUUAUUUUUGGAUUAUUUAUUUUUGAAGGAAAAUUAUUCCAUAUUGGGAGACAUUAUUUCUAUUUGACACUAUUCCUGCACCU